ACGGCCCCCCAAACUCCAUGCUUUUAAAAUCUAAUUAAAGAUCCAACAUCAUAUCCAAAACGUCUUUUAAGCCCCACCAACUGGCCUCGGGCAAGAGUGUGAGCAAUGGGCAUUCAAAUCUUCUCUCCCACACCCAUCGAUCCCCCGUUGCUUUUGUUUCUCCCAACCUUCUUUACGUGAAUCGCUGCAAAUAAAUGCCCCGCAGCUCUCGAGCACUUGUCGUACGCUCCCUCACUUCACUCCUCCACUUCUGUUCAUCAGUGGCCAACCCAAAAUGAGGUUUCAGCUCGUUUACAUUGUCUUCGCAGUAGUCGCCUUCUUCUGCACUUUGAUCGGCUUUGGUCACUCUCGAAGCUUGUCUCAGAGUCCUCAAACUACCAUCCUGGACGUCGCGGCUUUGAUACAAAACACCAAGACCGUUCUCGCGACAACAACAUUCGACCAACAAAAGCGGAGCUUCUCAGCCAAGUCUCCGUUCACUCUUCAGCUACAUUCGAGAGUUUCUCUUCAGAAACCUUCACACAGGGAGUACAAGUCCCUGACUUUGGCACGACUCGAGCGCGAUUCUGCCCGAGUCAGAUCUUUGACGACCCGGUUAGAUCUGGCACUCACAGGUAUCGUCCCAUCAGAUCUCGAACCGCUGGAUACGAGCGAUGGUCGGGGCUUUGAAACCGAGCUCAUGAAAGGUCCGGUUGUGUCGGGGACGAGUCAGGGAAGCGGUGAGUACUUCUCUCGAGUCGGAAUCGGUGAGCCUCCGAGUCCGGUGUACAUGGUGCUCGACACGGGCAGUGAUGUCAGCUGGCAACAGUGUGCUCCCUGUGCUGACUGCUACCAGCAAGCCGACCCGAUCUUCGAGCCGGCUGCUUCGUCUUCGUACUCGCCGCUCUCGUGCGAGACCCGGCAAUGCAAGUCCCUCGAGGUGUCCGAGUGCCGCAACGGUACGUGUCUCUACGAGGUGUCCUACGGCGACGGCUCGUAUACCGUCGGUGAUUUCGUCACAGAGACCAUCACGCUCGGCUCGGCUUCGGUAAACAACGUAGCCAUCGGCUGCGGCCACAAUAAUGAAGGCCUGUUCAUCGGCGCGGCAGGCUUACUCGGACUCGGGGGUGGCUCGCUCUCCUUCCCGUCUCAGCUCAAUGCCUCUUCCUUCUCGUACUGCCUUGUGGACCGCGACUCCGACUCAGCCUCGACCCUCGAGUUCCACUCAACUCUCCCUCGUAACGCCAUUACGGCGCCUUUGCGUCGUAACCCCCAACUCGAUACGUUCUACUAUCUCGGCAUGACUGGAAUCAGUGUAGGAGGCGAGCUGCUCUCGAUUCCCGAGUCCAUCUUUCAGAUCGACGACAGCGGAAACAGUGGAAUCAUCAUCGACUCGGGCACGGCCGUGACUCGGCUCCAGACCGACGCUUACAUCUCGGUCCGCGAUGCCUUCGUCAAGCGAACACGGAACUUGCCGUCCGCCGAAGGCGUGGCGCUGUUCGACACGUGCUACAACCUGUCUUCGAGGACCAGCGUGGUGGUCCCAACAGUGACAUUUCAUUUCCCAGACGGGAAAGAGUUACCGUUACCGGCAAAGAAUUACCUCAUACCAGUUGACUCGAACGGAACGUUUUGUCUGGCAUUCGCUUCCACUCCAUCGUCGUUGUCGAUAAUCGGGAAUGUGCAACAGCAAGGGACUCGUGUCAGCUUCGACCUCGCUAAUUCCCUGAUUGGGUUCUCACCCAACGGAUGCUAGAAGUAGAUGCCUGUUUGAUGGGAUUUCCACUUGAAUGUAGAAGGCAUGUCAUGUUUACGAUAAUGUUUGUUCUUUUGGUUGGAUGGUUGGUGAUUUUGUCAAGAAAACAGAACAGUUGGAUUAAAAAAGGUUGCAUAUUUAUUUAUAGUCGUCAUGUACUGUAUAUGGGUAUUAGCACUGCUGUGUUUAUGCUUUUUGUAAGCCAAAGGAAAUCAAUUAUUUCGCAAAGUUUUUAUAUUA